AUGUUCGGUCUCAAUUUUCGUCGAAAUUUGGAGUCAACAUUUGGUAAAAUUUUACCAACAAAACCUUUUAACAUGUGCGGUUUAAGGUAUAUAAGUAUUCGAGAACCUUUACAGCCUUUAAAACGAUGUCCAAAAUGGGUUUGUGUAGAAGAUGCAAUAAAAAUUAUUAAUUCAGAGCAUUUAGUUUUUAUACAAGGAGGUGCAGCAACACCUAAUGAAUUAAUACGAGCUAUGACUGAGCAUGGUGUUUGUAAUAAUCUACGUGGUGUACGAUUAAUUCACAUGGGUCUUGAAGGAGAUGCACCAUUUUCAAGUCCUGAGUUUGAGAAACAUUUUAGAUCUGUAAGCUUUUACAUUGGUGCUAAUCUUAGAGAAGCUGUUAAUGAAGGAAGAGCAGAUUAUAUUCCAAUAUUUCUUCAUGAAGUACCAAAACUUUUUUACGAGAGAAGAAUUUUUCCAGAUGUUGCAUUAAUUCACGUCAGUGUGCCAGAUGCUCGUGGUUUCUGUUCUUUAGGUGUAAGCGUAGAUUGUACACGUGCUGCGAUUAGUACAGCUAAAGUUAUCAUCGCUCAAGUAAAUGAACACAUGCCAAGAUCAUUUGGAGAUACUGUUAUUCAUUCAAGUCACAUUGAUUGGGCUGUUAAAUAUGAUUGUCCUUUACCAUGUGUAGCUAGUACUCCACCAAAUGAAAUUGAACAAGAAAUUGGCAAGAUCAUUGCACAAAGAUUAGUAGAUGAUGGGGCAACUUUACAAAUUGGAAUUGGUAACAUACCUGAUGCUGUCCUCUGUUCUCUUGGUAAUCAUAAGGAUUUGGGAGUUCAUACAGAAAUACUUGGUGAUACAAUGGUAGAUUUAGCAGAACGAGGGAAUGUUUCAAAUAAAAUGAAAAUAAAGCACAGAGGACGUAUGGUCAGUUCUUUAGCAAUUGGUACCAAAAGAGUAUACGAUUUUUUACAUAAUAAUCCAUUUGUAGAAAUGCGUGCAAUUAAUUAUGUUAAUGAUCCUCGAAUAAUAUCGCAACAACCGAAAAUGACAGCCAUUAAUUCUUGUAUAGAAAUGGAUAUUACUGGUCAAAUAUGUUCAGACAGUUUAGGCUGUAAAUUGUAUUCUGGAUUUGGUGGUCAGCUUGAUUUUAUCCAAGGUGCAGCAAUGGCUCAAGAUGGUCGAGGAAAAGCUAUAAUCGCAUUCCCUUCAGUAACGAGUAAAGGAGAAAGCAAAAUUCAGCCUAUAAUUAAACUUGGUGGUGGAAUUGUGGUAACAAGAGCACAUGCGCACUAUAUAGUUACUGAACAUGGAAUAGCAAAUCUUUUUGGUAAAACAUUACGUCAAAGAGCAAAUGCAUUAAUUCAAAUUGCUCAUCCUGAUCAUAGAGAAUGUCUCGAAAAAGCUGCAUUUGAAAGACUUAAAUCUAAUCCAACAAAAUAUUUGUAAUUUAGAUAUACAAGUAAUAUAUUUCAUAAAAUUUGUAAUAUUGUAAUAUUUAAUCUCACUAUAUGUGGAAAAUAGUUUUUCAUUUCAAAAAUGUUUUGAUGUCAAAAUUUUUUUAUUAUAUAUGUUUAAUAUAUAAAUUAUAUGUUUUUCUACAUAAAAAUGAAUUAUAUAUAUUUUUUCUACAUAAAAAUGUAAAAAGUCAAAGAUUUAAUAAUGUUUUAUGUAUAACAAUUGUUAUUAUGAAAUUCAUUUUUACGAUUUAUUAUAUACAAUUUGAAUAAAUAAUUAUAUUUCUAACUUUUAUUUAAAAGACAUGUAUGCAAAGCAAAUUAUUAUCUAUAUACAUGUAAUUUCUAUAUAUUUAUUAUAUUUAUUAUAAAUAUAAUAUAUACUUAAUAUUUUA